AUGGAUUGUGAAAUGGAUGCAAUUAAAAUUAAAGAAGUAGAUACAAUUGACUAUGUUGUAUCUCCUUUUCAAAUGGUAUUUAAAGAUGUAGGCUACACAAUUAAUAAAACAAAAAAGAAAAAGGUUAUAUUGGAACAUAUAUCUGGUUGUAUAGAACCUGGAGAGUUUAUUGGUGUAAUUGGUCCUUCAGGAUCAGGAAAAACAACUUUAUUAGAUAUUUUAACAAGCAGAAAAACACAAGGAAACAUUACAGGAGAAAUAUUUAUAAAUGGAAAACCAAUCACUAAGGAAUUUAGAAAGAAAUGUGGAUAUGUUACUCAGGAAGAUAUAUUUUUGCCAACAAUCACAGUAAAAGAAGCUCUGGAAUUCUAUGCCAACUUAAAAUUAAGUGAAUCAGUAAGUGAACAAGAUAAAAAUAAUAUGAUAAAAAAUGUGUUGAAUACCAUCGGAUUGGCAGAUAAAAUAGAUUGUAAGAUUGGUGGUAUACUUCCAGGUGGAAAUGUUCUUCGAGGUUUAUCUGGUGGAGAAAAAAAGCGAUUAAAUAUCGGUUGUAGUUUGUGUACUGCACCUUCAUUCUUAGUUUUAGAUGAACCAACCAGUGGACUCGAUGCUACAAGUGCUUUAGCAGUGGUUGAAACACUUCAAAAGUUAUCAAUAAAAGGAGUAACUAUUAUAUGUUCCAUCCAUCAACCAAGAGUGGAAAUUAUUUCUCAGUUUUCAAAAUCAUGUCUAAUCGUAAAAGGAAGACAAUUAUAUUUUGGUCAAGAUAUGAUUGGAUUUUUUGAAACCAAAGGAUUUUUCUGCUCUCUCGGAGCAAACUCUAAUGAUUUUAUUAUGGAUACAAUGGUGCAUAUUGAAAAACAAAAUAAAACAAUGUUUCAAGAGUUAACUCAAAGUUGGUAUGAAUACAGUAUUACAGAUAUCAAUGAGAAAAUUGAUAAUUUUUCAAAGAUGGACGAAAUUUAUAUAGCUAGUGAAAUAACUGGAAAGAGUUUUAUAGAUAAUUCAGGAGAUACAUCAAUGUUGAAUCAAAUUAAAGUCAUUUUUAAAAGAACCGCAUUCCAUGCAAUUAGAAAUCCAGGAAAUUUAGUUUUAAGAUCAAUCGUGGCAGUUAUUGUUGGAUUGUUGUUUGGUGCCUGUUUUGCAAGAUUAGGUUGGAGUCAAAAGGAAAUAUUUCAAAGAGUUGCAAUUAUGUACUCUAUUAUUACCUCAUUGCAAAUUACUCCUUUUAAAUGUAUUUCUUUGUUUUUAGAAUCAAGGUAUCUUUAUAACAAAGAAAGAGCAGCAAAGGUUCACUCAACUUUUUCAUAUUUUUUCAGUUUUAUAUUGGUUGAGAUUAUAAUGUCACUAAUAGUCUCAAUCAUUUUUGUUACUGUUAUCUAUUGGUUGUGUAAUCUGAAGAAUAGUGCAGAAGCAUUUUUCUUUGCUGUUUUGAUAAAUUGUUUGGUUCAUGUUUGGUCUAUGCUUUUGAUAGUCAUUAUUGCCAAUAUAUCAGGAACAUCAGAUAAUACUUUUUCAAUAGGUUCAGCAUUUACAAUAAUACUACAAUUGUUUCUUGGUUAUUUGGUACCUGUUAAAAGUCUUCCAAACUCAUUCGAAUGGGUCCAUUAUAUUAAUCCUUUAUUCUACACUUUUAAUGCUUGGAUUGUUUCUGAAUUUGAAGGAAAGGAGCUGUCUUGUGAUCCUAAUGAGAUAUGUUAUUUUAAAAGUGGUCAGGAUGUAAUCAAUUUUUAUAAUGCAACAGAAUUUUCUAAAAAUCAAUGUGUUUUCAUUCUUUUCGCUUUCGUCUUGGUUUUCUAUGGAUUGGCAUAUCUGUGCCUUAGAUAUUUUUCCAAAGAAAGAAGAUAA